AUGAAAAAGAUGUUAACGGUUUAUAAAAUUAAGUUUGGUGUUGAAGGGUCUCCUACUAAUAACAAUGUGGAUAUUGCUGCAGUAAAUCUACAAAUUGAUUCACUUACCGUCCAGCCCAUCCUUCCAGUGAAGUGCUCCUAUUUUCAGAUAACUAUAAUGGAAAUGGAUAUAAUAGAAUCUGAAAAUCAAGAGUCAGACGAAGAGUUCGCCUUUGAAACUGACCACCUCGCCCUUCGUGGCAAUAAAGAUUACUGUGAAAUGUUAAAGUACAUUGUAAAGUUAGAGGCACAAAAAGUUCAGGCACUAAAAGACAUAGAGGAUUUAUCUCUAGCACAAAAUGAAGCUUUGAGUAAUCCUCUUAAUUUCAUUGAACAGCUAAAAGCUGGCAAACAGAAUUUUCCUCCAAGACAAACUAUUUCAGAAUUGCCAAACAUUAAUUGGAGCAGUUAUGGGAUUGACGCAGCACUUGAUGGUGACGACAUAAGAGAAUCAAAACCACAUGUUGAUGAUUUAGACUCUGGUACAAAGGUUAGGGGCAGAAAGUUCACAGACAAUAAACCAGAGACAUUUAACCAGCUAUGGUCAUGCGAGGAGCAGAAAAGGUUAGAAGAGUUGCUUGAAGUAUAUCCUGAAGAGCCUAUUGAGGCUCAACGUUAUAAAAAAAUAGCUAAAGCCUUGGGGACUAGAACUCCUAUUCAGGUUAUAAGUAGAAUCCAGAAAUACUUUACUAAACUAGCCAAGGCCGGCUUACCAAUACCCGGACGGAUACCAAAAGGCAUCGGUAGAGAUAAAAAGAAAUCAAUGUUUUACAAAAAAUCUACAUUCUUCCCGCAACUCCAUGUUCCAGUUACUAUGGAGGAUCCUUAUGACACUGGUGAAGCACAUGAUAGCAUCUCUUCAUUUGAUACCAAAAGUAGUAACAAAUAUCUGGUAGAGUUGCUAAAAUCUGCCAAAGAACAAAGGUUAAUUGAUGAAACAGCCCCGGUGUAUCAGACUAAGACAAUGUGUGUUGGUUGUCAAAAAAGUGGAUUCUUAGGUGCUCGGUGGACUGAUAAUGCGGGCACUGAUUAUUGCACUGACUGUGUUGUCAAAUUACUACCUACUGAACGAUUAAUACCUGUGCGACAACCAAUAUACUCGUAA